ACUUCCCAACUACAGUGGUCCAGUGCCUGACCACCAGUUUACCAGUCCUCAGGAUAGUUUGACUGCAAGACCAUCACCAUGCCUAAAGUUUUGGUUCCAGAGGGAGGAAGUCAAACGAAGACCGAUGACAAGAUGAGGGCCUUCGCAGAAAAGGUCUUUGCUUCUGAGACCAAAGACGAAAACGUCCGCGAUGAAAUCUCCAUGUUUGACGUGGCUGAGGACUGUCCCAUCAUCCAUCAUGAGAUGGCCCACCAUCUGCACGUUGAUGAUGAUGAGGAGAAACGCAAGAAGCGGUCUCGUACCAUGGUGGUGCCCACGGUUGCUUCCCAGGCAGCUGCUGCCCCUGUAGUGUCAGUGGAAGUGGACACACCCACCUAUCUGGAAGUGCCUGACUUCCAGAGAGUGGCCGUCAUUGGAGACUAUGCUGCUGGGGUGACCAUGGAUGAUUUUGAGUUGGCAUGCAAGGGUCUGUACCGCGCUUUAACCAUCAGGGAGAAGUACAUGCGGCUGGCCUACCAACGCUUCCCAAGAACAGCCUCACAGUACCUGCGUGCGACUGAAGGAGAGACUUUCAGACCUGAAGAUCAAUUGCAGCCAGUCUUCACAAGUCCUCCAAAAGAAGGGGAAGACCCCUUUGACGUCAAGAACCUGCCAAAGAAUCUGGGCUAUGUUGCUCGGAUGAAGGAUGGUGUGAUUUAUGUGUACAAUGAUGCUGCAGCUGCUGAUAAACAUCAGCCAAAGGACAUGCCUUACCCAGACCUCAAUACCUUUAUCGACGACAUGAACUUCCUCAUUGCUCUAAUUGCACAGGGCCCAACAAAGACUUACACUCACCGCCGUCUUAAGUUUCUCAUGUCAAAGUUCAAUGUGCAUGAGAUGUUGAAUGAGAUGGAGGAGAUGAAAGAGGUGAAGAAGAACCCACACAGGGACUUCUACAACUGCAGGAAGGUGGACACUCACAUCCACGCUGCUGCCUGCAUGAACCAGAAGCACCUGCUGCGCUUUAUCAAAAAGUCAUAUCGUGUGGAUGCUGACCGCGUUGUGCACAGCCUGAAAGGGAAGGAGCUCACCAUGAAGGAGCUCUUUGAGUCCCUUAAACUGCAUCCAUACGACCUCACUGUGGAUUCACUGGAUGUGCACGCUGGUAGACAAACCUUCCAGCGUUUUGAUAAGUUCAAUGCCAAGUACAACCCUGUAGGAGCCAGUGAGCUGCGUGACCUGUACCUGAAGACAGAGAAUCACAUCCAUGGAGAGUACUUUGCCACCAUCAUCAAGGAAGUAGCUAGUGAUCUGGAGGAAGCCAGGUACCAGUAUGCUGAGCCCCGUCUGUCAAUUUAUGGCUGCAAUGCCAAUGAGUGGAACAAGCUCUCGAGCUGGUUCGUCAGGCACAGAGUUUUCUCCCCAAACCUCAAGUGGAUGAUUCAAGUACCCAGGAUCUACGACAUCUUCAGAGGCAGAAACUUCGUGCCACACUUUGGCAAAAUGUUGGAGAACAUUUUCCUACCCGUGUUCCAGGCCACCAUCGAUCCACAGUCCAAUCCAGAGCUCAGCAUCUUCCUCAAGCAUGUGACAGGCUUUGACAGUGUGGACGACGAGUCCAAACACAGUGGCCACAUGUUCUCGACUAAGAGCCCCAAACCAGAGGAGUGGGACAUCACCAAGAACCCCUCCUACACCUACUACAUCUAUUACAUGUAUGCCAAUAUUGCUGUCCUCAACCAGCUGCGCAAACAGAGGGGGAUGAACACGUUCAUGUUCAGGCCUCACUGCGGUGAGGCUGGUGCCAUAACCCACUUGCUGGCUGCCUUCAUGACUGCUGACAACAUCUCUCACGGCCUUAACCUCAAGAAGAGCCCUGUGCUGCAGUACCUGUACGUCUUGACCCAGAUCCCAAUCGCCAUGUCCCCACUCAGCAACAACAGCUUGUUCCUGGAAUAUGCCAAGAACCCCCUGCUUGAGUUCCACAAGAAAGGACUGGUGGUGUCUCUGUCCACCGAUGACCCCAUGCAGUUCCACUACACCAAGGAGCCCCUAAUGGAAGAAUAUGCCAUUGCAGCUCAGGUCUUCAAGCUCAGUACUUGUGACAUGUGUGAGAUCGCCAGGAACAGUGUGCUGCAGAGCGCCCUCUCUGAUGAGGAGAAGUGCCACUUUCUGGGUAAGGAUUACCUAAAAGAGGGUCCAGAGGGCAAUGAUAUCCGCAAGACCAACGUGCCUCAGAUCCGCAUGGCGUUCCGCUAUGAGACCUUGUGCUACGAGCUCAAUCUCAUCAAGGAGGGCAUGAAGACUGAGUAAACCCUGUCAAACCUGACUUACACUCGCUUACACACUAAUCUCUCCUGUGAUGUGGAAAGGUUUCUACAUUUGUUUUCCACAGUGGCUUCUGAAAGACAUCUCUCUGUUGAAGAAAGAAAUGCUUUUAAAAUCUGCACAUCUUUGACUUGCACAUUGAAACCUUUUUUUUUUUUUUUUC